CCACAGGCUUCCUUCCUUCUACCCUCGCUGCACUGCACGGUUCAAACCGGGCGGCUUCGCUCGCUCGCCGGCCGUUCUAAAGACGGGACGCGACGCGAGGGCGGCUUCGUUUUCAGCGGGAGCGGAGGGGCUUUAGCGCUUUGGCCCUCUGCUUUUCCACCCGUUUUAGCGAAAGCUUGGGCCUGCUUGUUGUUAUUGCUCCGGAAAAGGCAGCCGCGAGAGCGCCCGCCCGCCGCCCGCUGUUCCUCGCCUCGUUCUCUUCCUCGCUAAGCAACCGGGCGGGUGGAGGCCCGACAGGCGACCAGGGCUUGGUCGCCGCGGCCUGCCGGGAAAAGCGAGGGCCCGCAGGCCGCAGGAUAAGAAGCGGCGGAGAGCCGGAGGGACCCGCGGAGUCCGUCCGAUCAGAUCGUGCCUCUCCGUUUGGUUGUGCGAGGGAAGGAAGGGAGAGUGGUCGGUGAGAUGGCGGAGAGGGCGUGGGUUGUGCUAGCGCUCUUGGGAGCCGUCCAGCUCCUUCGUCUUCCUCUCGCAGCGCCGCAAUCCUUCAUCGGCAUCAACUACGGCGACGUGGCGGACAACCUCCCGCCGCCGUCGUCCACCGCGCGCCUCAUCCAGUCCACGACCAUCUCCAAGGUCCGCCUCUACGGCACCGACCCGGCCGUCGUCUCCGCCUUCGCCGGCACGGGGAUCUCCCUCCUCCUCGGCGCCGCCAACGGCGACAUCGCCAACCUCGCGUCCUCCCCCGCCGCGGCAGCCGCUUGGGUCGCCGCGCACAUCCCGGCCUCGUCGCCGGCGGUCUCCACCGUCUCCAUCGGCAACGAGGUCCUCUUCGCCGACGCAUCGCUCGCCUCGCAGCUCGUCCCGGCCAUGCAGAACCUGUACAGCGCGCUGCCGCCCAACUCCAGCAUCAAGGUCUCCACCGUGCACGCCAUGGACGUGCUCGCGAGCUCCGACCCGCCGUCCUCCGGCGCUUUUAAGCCGGAGCUCGACGCGGCGCUCGACCCGGUCCUUGCGUUCCUGAGCAAGACCGGCUCGCCGUUCCUCAUCAACCCGUACCCCUACUUCGCCUACCUCAGCGACCCGCGGCCGGAGACGCUGGCCUUCUGCCUGUUCCAGCCCAACGCCGGGCGGCCGGACGCCGGGUCCGGGCUCACGUACACCAACAUGCUCGACGCGAUGCUGGACGCCGUGCGCGCGGCGCUGGACGCCAAGGGCUACAAGGACGUGGAGAUCGUCGUCGCCGAGACCGGGUGGCCGCACAAGGGCGACCCCGACGAGGCCGGCGCCACGCCGGAGAACGCGCGCGCGUUCGUGUCGGGCCUCGUGUCCCACCUGCGGUCGCUGGCCGGCACGCCGCGCGUGCCCGGCAAGUCGGUGGACACGUACAUCUUCGCCGUGUACGACGAGGACCUCAAGCCCGGCAAGGGGUCGGAGCGCUACUUCGGGCUGUUCCAGACCAGCCUCACCGAGACGUACCCGACAGGGCUGGUCCGGAACGGCACGGCCGGGCUGGGGCCGGCCGUGGCGCCGGCGCAAGCACCAACGUCGUCGGUGCAGCCGGCGCCGGCGCUGCCAAAGCCAGGGCAGCAGCCACAGGUGACUCCAGCGCAGCAAGGCUCGGCAGCGGUGGCGGGGGCUUCCAGCCCCUGCGCGCCGGGGACUGCGACGGCGAGGGGAGCUGCCGUCGCUUGCCCCCGUCAUAGUUCUGCCCAAUCGUCUCGCACUUUCUCAGUGCUAACUAUCAUUGCUGGCCUUUUGUGCCCAGCUUUGCAGAUGUUAAUAUGACCUUUCUCUUUAGAAGCUUUUCCCAGCCAAUGUAUUAUGUAAUAUGGAGGCAACUUUUGUAUUUCAGUGUGUGGCUCCUUCACGAUCCAAGCAACGCGUCAAGAUUUCAAUUUUCCAAGUG